UCACCUUAAUUACAUUUGCAAAGCUUUUACUUUCUUUCUUCUUCCUUCAUUUGCAAAGCUUUUGAAGAAGCUACAAUGGCGGACCAAGUUAGAAACGAUAUUUACACUGUGUUAGCUAGGUUCCAGGUUAAUCUUAUUGAUAACCUUAGGUUUCACGUAAACGAGCUGGUAGCAAUCCGUGUGCUGCUAGAAAAUAUCAUGAACGCUCUGGACGCAAACGAGUUGCUGCAUCCAGUGGCUGACCCAGUUGAUCCAGUGGCUGACCCGGCUGGUCCAGAGGCUCAGGCUCCGGCUGGUCCAGAGGCUCCGGCUCCGGCUGGUCCAGAGGCUCCGGCUCCGGCUCCAGACGAAAUUGUAAUCAACGACCACGACGUGCCGCCAGGGUCCAACAGCGACGAGGAUUGAUAAGUUACUUAGUGAUAACUUGACGAUUAAUAAAGAAUUAAUGCUACUUGCUUUUGUAAUUAGUAUAUUGGAAUAAAGUCGUACUUGUAAU